CUUCUCCUAAACAACAGCCCUCUUACUUUUAUUUUCUCCUGUUAUUAAACUGUAACAGGGAACCUUAUGUCUUCAAAAAGAGCAGGAUGACCUGUACUUUCAGGUAUGACAAUCAAAGUACCUCUUCAGAUCUAGUCCAGCACAUGCAGGGGCCUCACAGAGAGGGUUUGCAGUCUUAAUAUUCAAUAGAGCAGUUGAGUUUGUGGUACUAAAGAAGCAAAUGUGCCUUAAAUCUGGACAUUUUAUUACCGUUGGGCAUACUUGUCAUACAAAUUCAUUAGUUUACCUAACUCCACUUAAAAAGAGUAAAUCUCAAUUCCUGAAGAGGCUAAUAAAGCAAAUUUUAUCCCAUUAUAUUCAAACUCGUCUUAUAUGUGGAUGUGAUUGCCCAUUACUGCUACUCCAAGCUGACCGUAAAGCUUGAUGCUCCAUCAGCUGACUUAAAGGUGCUGUCAGAAAGGUUUAUGUUGGGUCAAUUCUGGUAAUCCCAUUGUCAACAACAGGUAGUUUCUUUGGGGACAAAGACUGCUUUCCCCAUGAGUUGUCAUAAAGAUGUGGCUCUUGUUGUUGAAGGAAAUGAAGAAAUGAAGAUCUUUUGCAUUUGUUCAUUUUUCACAUGCCAGCACAAACAUAUUAAAAACCAUUUCCCUCUUUUACUCUGAAAAGCUCUGGUUAUCCAGGGUCUCCAUUUAGGACAAAACUUACUUGCUAGCUUACUUCUAACUGCCAAAUUUUACCAGCUGAGUUCUAAACAUGACGACCCCACUAAGGGCUGAAAUCCAAUCAGGUGUAGGCUCAGGAUUCAGUACAAAGAAAUUGCAAAUCUUAUUGUCAUUGUUUUUAUUUUUUAAGAGUGGCUCCAUGUCAACAAUAGUUAAAAAAACACUGAUAGUACCUUUAAACUGUCUGCAGCUCAUGGGUUCUUUGAAUUACAAAGAGUGAAGAGGUUUUUUACAACAUUGUGUCUUGAACCAUGUGUUUGUAGUGUGUCUGUGCAUGUGUGACAAAUCAAUCUCUGCAGAAACAACAACUGAUUGCCUUAUUUUCCUCCAGGUCCCCUUCUUCUCCCUCCUGUCUCUCCACAUUAACCAAGAGGAGGUAUGCAACUUUGGGGAACAGCACGAUUUUCCCAGAGGAAGAAACAUUUUCAGCUUGUUUUUCCUGCCCUAAGUAAAUCUAAAUUUCCACUUGAUUGUGUGUACGUUUAUGACAACUUGAAAUUCCUCCUCACAUUGUAUCUGACUGCAAAGAUUUCCUUGCAGGUUCAACUGCAGGGAAGGAUUCAUGCUUUGUUGCCGUUACAGUGAUAAGAAAUACCGCAGAGAGGCUGACAGAGGCUCCAACAUUACCUUGGAGGAGUGAUUAUGCAUGCUUUAAGGCUGAGACUUAAAAUCACUCUUCUCUUUGUUUGAGACAUAUGACCAAGGUUGAUCAGGUUAAACAUUCGGCAUUCUCCCUUAUGUUGAUCUUUGGUUUUUCUAAGCUGUCCUCAGAAAGCAGAUCAAGUGCUCUCCUCUCACUUGAAG